AAAAAACUUACUAUAAGUAAAGUGGAAUGGGUAAAAUUGAAGAGGGAAGAAUGAAAGAAGACUUGAAAACAUAACAGGGUGUAAGAGGCGAAUAGUCAACCAAUACGUGCUCAGACACAGUCAAUCCUUUGAAAAUUCUCAUCAUUUAUAUAUAUAAUCUCUUCAACGCUUCUUCCUCUGCACUUUCUUCUUCUUCGUCUUCUCUCUUUUUUCGUUUCUCUUGCAAAAAAAAACAACAAACGUUUUUGCUCGAGGAACUGUUAUCUAUUUUUUGUUAGCGGAGAACAUCAAUGGCUCGUGCAAAUGUGCCAAAGUUUGGAAAUUGGGGAAAUGAAGACAACACUCCUUAUACUGUCGUUUUUGAGAAUGCAAGGAAAAACCGUGGCGGGAAGAUGAUAAAUCCGAAUGACCCUCAGGAGAAUCCGGACAUGUUUCCCAAUGUUGCUCCUUCCUCCAGGCCUAAAACUCCUCCUACAGAGGAACCAAUGGGGAUGGAAACAGCUAGGCAAACAAACAAGCGUCGUGUGAGUAAAGAAGAUGGUGAUUUCCGUGCUAGUUCUCCAGCCCGCAAUGAGCCAACUACUCAUCAACGUCAUGGUGGAGGUCGUGGAUCAAAUUCUGGUCGACCUUCUAGACAAAGUGGAGGGUCUGAUCACAGCAUUGCGAAAUCACCACUUCACCCCAAUUCCCAGGCGAAGAUAUCUGGACGUGUGGCUGCAUCUCCUGUUUGGGAAGGGAAGAAUUUAUAUGACAGUAGUCAUGGUACUCCUGGAAGAUCAUUCGAAAGUUCUCAUGCUACUCCUGGAAGGCACCAAAUGAAGCAAGAAAGUCCUGAUAGAGGAACUGUAGUUCCAAAGUUUGGCGGAUGGGAUGACAAUGAUCCUCAGGAUGCAGAAAAUUACACUGAGGUUUUUAACAAGGUGCGAGAGCAAAGGCACGUAGAUACUGGAAAUAUGCCAGCUGCAGGUGUUAGAACAUCUUACAGCACACAAAGGCAACAGCGAAAUGAAAAGCAGAAGAGCUGCUGCUUUCCUUUGUGGUGAAAAUGAGGACCUUGUUUUUCUGGUGAUCUGAAGCUAUAUUGGAUGUGUAAAUAGAUCAACAUACUAUGGCGCAACGCCAAUCGUUUCUAUGUUAAGAGGCUUCUUAUAGCAAUAUGUUUGGGCUAGUGAUUUCUUGUAUUUUUGUUAUGCUUUCUGCUGAAAUUUGCAAUUGUAUCGUCUACUUAUUGUUUUAUUAAUCAUGUACUGUUUGUUCUUAAAUCAAAUUGAUUUGUGUUA